CGCGACCUUCACCUUAAGUGCACACACGUCGCGAUGGCGCCGCCCCCUUUGGAUGGAUGGUAUCGUUGCUCCGAGUCAACGUUUGGCGGCUCCGGGGGCCUAGUCGCCGAAUGCGGCAAGUACACCAUGCCGCUGUGCCAUCCUGGCCUUUGCAACGACACGUCCCGGACGCUCGACGUGUUUGUGAAGCGCGUCCUUGCGGCCAACACCACGGCCAACCCGAAGGUCCUGUGGAUGGUCCAGGGCGGACCAGGGCUCUCGUCUGCUGACUUGGACGGCUGGCUCGCCGACAUGUACACGAUGUUACAUGGCCAAGUCACUCUCAUGACAAUGGACCAUCGAGGCGUCGGGCGCAGCAGCUACCUCACGUGCACGGCCGCCCAGGCCACCACUGGUGGGAGCCCUGGAGGCCGAGACAUCACGCGCGGCGAAUUGCCCGCAUGUCUGGCGAGUGUGCGUCGCAAGUUCGGAGCAUCGAAUUCGGCUGCAUUUUCCAUCACGAGUGCGGCGACCGAUCUCUUGACUGUGAUCGACGCGACGUCGUUGCCGGCGCAAGAGGUGUAUGUCUACGGCGUGAGCUAUGGCACGAUGUGGGUGCAGCGCGCCAUGCUGCUGGAGCCACAUUUUCCUGCCACCAACAUCCGAGGGUACAUUCUAGACGGCGUCGUCACGCACAGCGGUCCGCGGCGCUUGGUGUUUUCCGACUGGGACACCAACCACGGCCGCGUCGCGUCGGCGUACUUCGAUUUGUGUACACAGGAUGCGUUUUGCGCGGCCAAAUUUGUACGCUCGACGCUGGCGGCGACCGCGGCGGUGCUGUACACGCGGCUCAACGGGGCGAGCCAUCCGUGCCACGCGUUCGUUCAGACCAACUUUGGCGACGCGGCGGGGCUCAAGAUCCUCUUCAGCUCGUACUUGCAGGACCCGACGUUGCGGGCGCUCAUCCCAGUCCUUGUGUACCGUCUCGAGCGGUGCAAUGCCGGCGAUAUUGUUGUCUUGCAAACCAUCCUGAAUUCGAUCCAUGGGCUCGUCAACAUGCCGCGCGUGGGGGCGGCGUACUACUCGGAGCUUGUUCGAAAUGUCGUGGGGUACUCGGAGCUAUGGGAGCUUCCAACGCCUACGCUUGAAGCGCUGCAGGAGAGAUUCGACUCGAGCAUCGUCGCAAGCGGCAUGUUUAACGCGCUGCCCGAGUACUGCAUCUACUCUGGCGCGACAGACCCCGCUUGCGUGGCUACCAAUAGCGUAGUCACGCCGUCCGUCGCGUUUGUGUACACACCCGACGCAUAUUUCAACCAAACGGUGGUUGUGCCUUCCAAGGCGUCGGUCCUGUUGUUGAAUGGCGGGCUCGACCCGCAAACGCCUCUGUUUGGAGCACAUGACACCCGAGACCUCUUGCAGUCCGCGCGCAAGUUGCUCGUGGAAUUUCCGUAUUGCACCCAUGGCAUCGUCGGGAUGUCCAUCACGACAAACGCCGUACGUGCACGGCCGUCCCUCGAUCGUCGACACCACUUUAACUUGUGAGGCAGUCGGCGCCGCCGUGUGGGCAAUCGAUUCUGGCGUCGUACGUCAUGGCAAGCGGCGACUUGGCAGCCGUCGACACGUCGUGCUUGCACUCGCUUCGUCCGAUGUCGUUUCAACUGUCGCUCGAGUUUGCCGCGACAGUCGUGCCAGGGAUAGCCGGCGACUUGUACGACGGCACGCUGCCUCUGUCGGCCACCGCUCCGCCGUCCAAGCUCACGACAAUUCGUCCGCUGACUACCCCGUUGGCCACCACCGCGAUGGCUGUGCCAUCCCCGCCCUACUUUGUCGAGUUUGCCAUCUUGUGCGAGUUAGUCGUCGUAGCGGCCGUGGCCGUCGGGCUCUUGACGUGGGAAGUGCGUCUGCGAGCGGCACGCCGGCGACGGAACGUCCAAGAGAAAUAGGAAAACGUCCUGUCCCCCUAGAUCGUCCGUCUUCGACAUCCCACGUCGUUGUCGUUGCUACUUGUGUUGCAUGCAAUUUGUGUCGAGCACCUGCUUUCACAACUCUCUACUGC